GCCUGGGGGGUUGGGGGUGCCACUCCCAGGAGAGCCCCUCCCUGCGGAGGCAGCAGCUCCCGGAUCCCUCUGCGGCACAGCAGGAUGGAGAUGCCCGUGGGGAAGGCAAAGCCCAGCUCCAGCCUGGCCCAGGGGAAGGCCAACGGAUACAAAGAUCUGUCCCAGUGGUCAGCCCUAAUCCACCGAGAGAUGGCCCAGCUGGAAGAACUCAUGGAGCAGCAGCCCUGGCAGAGGAAAGCCAAGGGACACCAGGACCGGUGCCGAGGACACAAAGCACCGUCCCAGGGGGAAGGUUACACUGGCCAAGAGUUGUGCCAAGGGCAGGUCAACAGAUCCCAAGGGCUGUGCCACGGGGAAGUCGAGGGGUACAAAGAUCUGUCCCAGUGGGAAGCCCUCAUCAACCAAGAGAUGUCCCAAAUGGAAGGAUACAUUGACCAAGAGCUGUGCCAAAGGAAAGCCAAGAGACAGCAGGAGCUGUGCCAAGGGCGAGUCAGUGGAUACAAAGCGCUGUCCCAGUGGGAGGAAUUAAUCAACCAGGAGAUGUCCCAGAUGGAACACUUCAUUGACCAGGAACUGUGCCAAGGACAAGCCAAGAGACACCAAGAGUUGCCCAGGGGCUGUGCCAAGGACAAGCCAGCAGAACAGGGAACACAUCUCCACUCUGCCCACCUGUGCCAGGGCUCAGCACCCUCCAGCCCAGGCUCGUUGCCCACCUUGGCCUCCAGGGCCUUCCCCAUCCCCUGCUCUCCAGCCCCACCAGGACCCAGCUUAGGGAAGUUCAACUUCCCCAGGGAGUUAUUAAUCCAAGCCUCCCCUUCCCCACCCACCCCACUGCAGCCCACGGGGAGAACCAGUGCCCCUGUGUGCUCCCCAGAAACACAGUGGGUGCCACACGCCCCAGCCACCAGGAAAUAA